GGACCUUCACUGGGGCAACGUGCUGGUCAAAACAACCAAGAAAAAGAAGGGGCACUUCCUCCUGAAUGGAACGGCCCACUCUCUGGAAACUAAAGGGGUGCUGGUCAGCAUCAUUGACUACUCUCUGUCCAGACUAGAAAUCGAUGAUCUGACGGUGUCCUGCGAUAUCUCGACGGACGAGGAGCUGUUCAUGGGCCAGGGAGAUUACCAGUUCGACAUCUACAGACUAAUGAGACAGGAGAAUGG